CCUCAUCAACCCAUAUCCCCCCCUCAUCCAGCUGUCUUCUGUCCUGAACGUUAUCCACCCUGCUUGAUUACCCAUCACAUCAAUUAAAUGUAUUAAGAUUUCACAGGAAUUUGACAGCUAUGUAAAUUUGACACAUGUGACGAAUCCACGAACCCUCAGAGUGUCAACGUUUAUUUUAAUCAAAUUAGUUGGAAAAUAACGUUCAGCAAAUAGUUGCAACUUUCUCUGUUAAAAAAAUGUAGACCUAAAACUGUUUCAGAAUGGACUGAGACAAAAUGGCGGUAGAUCCAAUCAAAGUUCGAGCAAUCUUUAAAUUCAAAGGAACCAAUAAUGACGAGUUGAAGUUUAAGAAGAGUGACAUAAUAACAUUAACCCAGAAGCUAGAAGGUGGUUGGUGGGAGGGAACAUUGGAUGGUAAGACAGGAUGGUUCCCCUGUAAUUAUGUUGAGGAGAUUUCAGAACAGAAUUUAACUCCUACAGGAGAUAAAGAUCUUCCUGUACCAGAGGAGGUGUUGGCAAAGAAUAUUGACUACCGUCAGCAAGUGAUCAGAGACCUACUGGAGAAGGAACAGGAGUUUGUCUCUGAUCUUCGUUCUCUACACAAUCAGUUUCUUCAACCUCUCAGACAUGCAGAUAUACUGAUAGAUUCUGAGUAUAAUCAGCUGGUUGGGAAUAUAGAGGAGCUGAUAGAAGCUCAUCAGCGGCUGAAUUCAAGUUUAGAGGAUGUAAGAAGGUGUCAGCCUAGGCAGCAGAGGCUAGGACAAGUCUUCCUUCAGCAUGGUAGCAAUAUCAGGAGUACACAUCUCAGUUACUGGAGCAAUCAUCCCCGAGCUGUCUGUAUUCUAGAGAAACACAGAGAGAAGUUGAAUAGUUGGUUGGAUGCAUGUCAGGGUUCAACUCCUGGUUCUUCUCCUCCAGGUCUUAUUAUCCUGACUACAGGACUAUCUAGACCUUUCAGACAGCUGGAGAGACUAGCUGGAGCUAUACAGGAGGUAGAACAGCACCUUGAGGAUAACCAUAUUGAUCGAGGAGAUACACAGCGAAGUAUUGGAUAUUACAAGGAGGUUGCUAGUGAGGCUGCUAGAGCACGACGGCAGCGUGAACUGGAACUAGAAGUGCUCACUGGAACAGUUCGGGAGUGGGAAGGAGAACCCAUUGAUCAACUCGGAGAUAUCAUCAAGAUGGGUCCAGUUGUAGUUGGACCAGAGGGAGAUAGGAAAGAUAAGUAUCUUGUACUGUUUCCUUCUACCCUUCUCCUACUCUCUGCAUCUCACCGUCUCUCAGCUUUUAUUUACGAGGGUAAGCUUCCUCUCUCUGGACUGAGUAUUACUAAACCAGAAGAACAAGAAAACAAAAACUCAUUUGAUAUUUCAGGAUCUAUGAUUGAAACAAUCCACUGUUCAACUCUACAGAAACCAGAUUGUAUGGAUUGGAUUGAAAAACUUCAGAACCAAGUACGUGUAUGCCGUCAGUCUGCUGUUCUCCCAACUAAGCUGUCAGUACAACCUCUACCUCCGCCUCAUAAACCUGGUUCGUCAGUUAGUUCUAGUCCUGCGGUCUCGAGGUCGCCAAGAACCGGUUUAGCGUCGCGAGGUCAAGGUCAAGGAGUUCAAGGUUGGAAGAUGACCUGCCUCCGCCCAGCUCCUCCGGCCAGGUCAUUCUUCCAGGCAGAUAAACGGAAUACGCUGAGACGGAAAGAGGUUGAACAGAGUAGCUACGAGGAUGAUCUCCAAAUCCUCCGUGUAAUUGAAGCUUACUGUACUUCCAAGCAGAGACAAACCAUAACAAAUUCAGCUAUGCUGGAUUCAACUCCGUUCCUGAGUAUGGUUGAUGAUUCAGAAAUGGAGAUCAGUUCAUUCUCAGCCUCGACCUCCGUCAUGUCGAACCGACAUGAUAUUUCUAGGUUAGAUAAACUAGAGAGAGAGGUUCUAUCCUUGAACCGAAGGUUGGAACAGGAGACUCAGAGCAGGAAGAAACUACAAGAGUUGAUCCAAGAGGCUGGUUUAAACCUUCCUCAAGAUAUUUCUAUUCCGGAGUAGUAUCCUCUCAUUAAAGGGACUGUAAGCGUAGUUCAAGUGACUGCCCAUGCAAAGUUGACAAUGAACGAUAAUUUACUGUAGGUACCCUUUAAAGCUUCGGCUUAUCAGUUAUGAAUUAGAUAUCAAUGUUUAUAAUUUUUUCCCAUUAACGGUCAUUGAUCAUAUAAAGAUUUCAAGGGUACCGUUGUGAAUCUGGCGUUAUCAUCUUUGAAUGGAGGUUCACUUAAAAUUACGCGAAUAGCCCCUUUAAUAUCAAACUACUGAAUUUUUUACCUGUUCGACAUUUUUGGAAAUGCUUAUGUUUACAACUAUCCGAAAGUUUUUAAUUUAAAGAAUUUAUUUCAAAUCCAUUGUUGUUACAGGGAUAUUAUUAAAUGUUAGAGCGUCAAUUUCGAACCGAUUUUCUUUUUUCGGAGUUUAAAUUAUUCCAUAAUAAUUUCCUAUCUAAUUCUGGAACGACCACUGUUUUUAAACGAUUAGCUGACAUCUUUUUCAAGUUGUAAGUUUGCACCUUAGAUCAAGAAGUUUUAGUGCACAUUUGUCGGGUGAAAAUACACCAUGCAUAUAUUUGGGAUAAUUAUACACGUUUACAAUCUAUGAAUGAGUAAGCAGAAGCAUUAUUUUUUAUGUUUUGUCGAACACACCGGUCAUUCAAAGUAAGCUUAUGGCCAUGAAUGAUUUUUCGCAUUGGAUAAAAACUGUAUAAUCUAGUAUUCUGUAGAAACUAAUGUAAAUAGUAAACUAACUUAUUGACGUUUAAACAAUAAUGAAUAAAAACCGUGAUUUCUCAAUCA